UGAGAGCUGCUUGGAUUAGUGAUGCAAGGCUGUGGUUUACUCAACAGCUUUAGUGCAGUGUGGAAGUAGGAGAGAAAUGAACUGCACAUAUUUUAACCUUGAUUACUAAGCAGGGGGUGGAGGUACUGAGAGGGAGUUUAAGAGAGAAGGAAACCAGGGAAAGAAAGGGCAGAUUUCAAAACUUCUUGGUGUAUCAGGGGGACGAUUUCAGUUCUUUCUGUCUUUCAGCUGACCUUCCAUCCUUUCCUUCAUCUCAUCGGCUGAUCUACUGCCAAAUGGAUACAGACUCUGUGACUUGUCCUCAGAAAUCUGAAUCCGAGGAUGAAUGCAGUAGUGAAGAAGGAAAAUUCCACUUCACCAAUGAUAGGGAAAAGAAGGACAAAGAAGAUAUUAGUGGGUUAGAAAAAACAAAAACACCUGACAGCAGUUUCCCUCCUCAACCUCACGAUCAUCCCAUCUCCUCACCAGCAGAUGGAGCCAUUGAGGUAACAAUGGAAGACUUGAGCAGUACAGAUGAAAAUGACCCGAAUGGUGAUCAGGAGUGGCCACAAGUGCCAGGUCUGAAAGAAGAUAUCCAACCAGAGAGGAAUGAGUGUCAGGCCAUUGAGAUUCAGGAUGAGGUGAAGGAAAACACUGAAACCAGUGAAGAUGUUCAGACAUCUGUGCAUGACACUGAGGGUGAGGAACCUGUUACCAUGAAACCGGUAGACAAAGGCUCAGUUGUGUUCCUAUCAGAAAACAGCGAUGAGCAAAAUAUUGACCGCAAACCUGUGGACUUUGCCACCACCAGGGAUCAGUGGGUCAGACGGGACAGUCAUUGUGAUGAACCAUCAAACCUGACGUAUUCCAAGGUGUAUUCCAAGAGCUUUUCAAAAUGUCUUCUCUCUGAGACCGAACCUUCAUCAAGCACCCAAAGUGAAUCCACAACUGAACCUGUGGUUAAUGCCAAGAACAUCCAGCAGAGGGAGCUUGAGGUAAACAACCCAAGCAGUCUGAAGGAGAAUGAGGAGGUACAACAGGUGUGCGGUGCUGAUCCGCCCCUAGAAACAGUUGCAGGCAAGCCAACCAAUCCAGAGCAAGGAAACUCCGCCUGUAUCUCUACCGAAGUAAAAGAGCCAUUGAUAAUGCCACAGGGGAGGAGGAACAGUAAAAGGGAGGAGAGAGAGGGUGGUGAAACAGGUGAAGAGCGAAAGCAAACAGUGCGUUUCACAGAAACAGGUGGGACCGAAGGAAAGCAGCUGGGGGAGGUUAAAGAUCAAAAACAAGAACGGGAAAACAAGUCAAACACAAAGCCUCAUUUAGGAGAAGGGAAAGUCAACAGAAUGCAGGUGGUUCAUUUUGAUGACAGCCAGAGCGAUAGUGGCGUAUCAGCAGAUUUCUCCCUCAACAGCACAACAGAUGUCUUGGAGGGCCAUGAUAAUGAUGCUCCUCAGCCCUCUGAAUCUCCUCCAAAUGAAACUCCCAUUGAGAGGGAGAUCCGUUUGACCAUGAAGAGAGAGCAGAGUCUACGGCGUUCUCGAGGACUGUGCGACCCAACUGACAGGACUAAUGAGUUUGUGGAAAUUCCAUUGAGAAGACCUAUUCUAUCCCAGGACCCCCAGAUAAGACCUGACUCAAGCCACGACAAAGACCGGCUGUUUGCUGGAAAGAAGAUGCAGAAGGAAAUCAGCGCAGAGACAGAGAGGGAGAAGGUUCUAGUUGAACUGGGCCGACUACCUGGGUUCUAUGACAAGGGAACAGAGGUACAGCUUCAAGAAAAAAAGCAGCUUUUUGAGUCAUUCCAAGAGCCGAAGGAAUCAGUGGCAACCAUUUACAGAUCUGCCUCAAACUCCACCGCAGAGUCUGCCGCUGGAAUACAGGAAGUUGAUUCUGCUGUUGAUGUUAAACAACGCCUAAUGCAAUUCUCACAAAGUUCUCCCACCCCACCAGCUAUGGCCCAGUAUGGAGGCACCAACGGCAACCCGCCUGCUGCUCGAGGACCUGGUCUAUCUGAGGGAAUCAAGGGCCAGAUAAUCAUCAUAGAGUCCAACGCUAUUCCCACAACUGUGGGAGGACCAAACGGAGGUUAUAAGACAACCUCAUGGACAGAUGGAGGAUCUGUGAAAGCGAUGAAUUCAGAGGGUGUGAGGGCUUUUUCUGCUGAGCCUGUCAGAGCAAGACAAAGUCCAAAUUUAGAAGUGACUGAAGAUGAAGAUUUGAGUUUAGUGAAGGAGAACCCUUUCUUCAAGCUCCGCUCUUCUACGAGUCUGCAGUCUCAGGUGGAGCUGGACAUUAAGGAGGCUAAGAAGAGGGAACAAGAACUACAGAGACAGAGAAACAAUCUUUAUGGAGGAGUAGCCAUGUAUACAGAUGAAGGAAGUGGAGCAGGAAUGGAUUUGAGGACAGAAAUUAGAGUGAAAGAGGAAUGGGGAACCUCUAGCCAAGAGAUUCCCCCAUCUCAAUGGACAAAUUUGACUCCAGCAGACCGCCAAUCAGAAACGUUUACCACCACUACGUCAGUGCGUCAAUCCACUGGAAAACUGGACCUUACAUGGCCACCGCCCCAAUCUGAUGAAGAUCAAAGACAACUGUCAGAGACAACGGUAAAGAUCCCAAGGCAGAGAAAUCCAUUACUCGAGCGCUGGGAGUCAGGGAUGGUGAACGACUGGGACUGAAACACAACUACAACAUCCUGAUGUACAAUAUGAAGCCCAGCCAACCAUGAGUGCACCGGCCUAAAAUAAAGCGUAUGAACAAAUGAUCAGUUUCCCAGUUUAAGGAACACGUGCCAUUAUGGGUAGAUAAAGAGCAGCAUUUGCCUCAAAAAGACACUGCAAGCUGGAUAUCCAAUUUGAUAUUCUACAACACACACCUUGUAAAUAACAGAUGAGCCAAACUUUUGUUAGUAGGUAUAAUGGUCGACCAGUGUUUAUUGGCAUUAUAUGGGCUAAAAAUUAUUUCAGUAUAAUAAUUAUGUAAUUCUCAAUGUAAUUUUCUGAUUUACAGUUAUACAGUUAUUUAUAGUCAAUAAACAUAGCUGCUUAUCUCAUAGUAACAAAACAGUCUAAAGGCUGUCUAAAGUCUAAAGAUUAUAUAAGAAUUAUAUUUAAAUAAACAUUCUUUUAUAGAUAUUUCAUUACUCAUUAGAAAAGCUAAACUAUACUGGGAAAUGGCUUCAUUGAUACGUAUAUAAAAAUGCUAAAAUAAAUAAAAAUGUGUUAAUCAGCUUUUUUGGUUAUUUGCGAAUGCACUGAAUCAUUUUCCAAGAUUCAAAUUGUUGAAUGUGACUCAUUGUUAGUAUUGUGAUAGAGGUUUGGCCCUUGGAGUCCGAAACUAGAUAACUGACUUCACAAUAGACACAAUAACCAGAAUGUAAUGCUUACGCCAUAUCUAUGGCUUUGAUUUUCAAAAUAACAAUUAAAGAGGGCGAUGUUCUAGCAUUCCAUUCAGCUUCCACGCAAAAGCCCUUUGCUUGUUCAAGGACAUCACAGUCCGUUCUAACCUUCUGCAUACUCAGCCCGAGCUGCGAGGUACGAACACCAGACUGCUGUGACUCAACACACCAGUGGCCAUUCAAAUUCAUCGCCAUGGUGAUUAUGGUACUGUAGGAAAGGUACAAAGAAAACGUCUGAGCCCGAGUGAGAUUAGUCAUGAGUGAGAUCACGACACACACAUAUGCAGUAUGCUUUACUGACCCUCUAGUUGCCUGUGAAUUAUUAAUUCACUCUUUCUCAGCACAGUUAGCCAAGGCUGUAUGGGAUUGCUCAUUUCAGAUAUGGCAGCAGCUCAUCCAUACCACUGGAGAAACGCUGCCCACUGAUUUCAGAUUUCAAUGAGCCUAAUCCAAAUGAUCUUUAAGACCAAUAAACAAUUCUAUUCUUUGUAUUCUUAGGAAAACAAAACAAUAUGAUUAG